UUGCCAGGUGAUGCAAUGGACAAGUUUUGCAUUCAUUUAUCGUCAUUAUACACAACCAAAAACUCUUCCAAGGGAUACCCCCAGGUUGACUUCUCCACGCCAAGAGUCUCUUCAUARCUUUURACGACGCCCUAAGCUGUUGCCAAUACUGACAAUUACAAGUCUCGCCCGACAGACGAAAUGAUUCUAGUUCUUCAAAAGCUGUUACUACAAUUUCAAUGAUAUUUAAGUUUUAUAUCUCGCAAACAAAGAGUAAACAAAUUCGUUAUUAAGAAGGCAAGGAGGAAGCURAACAGCUGCUAGUAAAGUCAUUGAGUAAGUUCCCCACUAUGAACACUUCCAUUUUUACAUUAAUUUCGUCAAUUUAGACGAUUUUUAUUGUAUUGUGUGCAGCCAGUACUUAUACUGUCAAACCAAAGAGCUGAAGAGUACAGAAAAGACACAUUAGGGUGGGAACCUGACGUCACAUCGUGUGGAGAUUCUAAUUGGUGARAGUUACUAUACAAAAACAGCUUGAACUUAUGUAAAGUAGAGGGGGAUUUCUCGAUAUUGUUAAAAGCUAAAAUUCAAUUACUAAUUCAGUCUCUGGAACACGCAAUACCAAAAAGCAAGAUUUCCAAAAUCWACAGAACGUUUUAAGAAGAAAAAACAUUAAGUUGGUUUAGAAUCCUGAAAAUGAGCGAGAAUCUUAGCAGCUGGGACAACUCGUCGUCUACACAAGUCGAAGCACAAGAACCAAGAUACAUAAUUGGUCUAAAAACCCUGGCAUAUGUUGGAGUAUUCCUUGCUUCAUUAGCAGGAAACAGUUUAGUAAUACUCGCUUAUAAGUAUAACUUUAAUCGCAAGAUUCGUACGGUUAGUAAUACUUUUAUUGUAUCAAUGGCGGUUGCUGACUUAUGUAUCACCAUUGGCAGCAUACCCGAACGUAUUACAAGAGUAUUAGCCAAUGAUCAAUGGCUUGUACCGGGUAUUCUCGGUAUUAUUGCAUGCAAACUAGUCAACUUUAUUGAAAAGCUGUCCUUGAAUGUAUCUGUGCUACACCUUGCAAGCAUCGCUAUUGAUCGAUUCUUGGUUGUUUUUUUCCCGCGACGUAAAAUCAUCACCCGUUUGAUAUCAAAACGUYUAGUGGCGUCCAUCUGGCUGUUAUCUGUAGGAUACUGCAUCCCUAUACUGAUAUACGGACAYAUUGCCAACAACAAAUACUGUAAAGUCAGGGUAUUUUUCCAUAACUGGCGAGUGUGGUAUAUAGUWUUCUUAAUCAUUUUAUUUGGUACUUUUAUUCUUAUUGUCAUCCUGUAUACAGCAAUUGCUGUCAAAUUAUGGCGCAAAAAAACACCUGGUGUUCGCCUUUCCUUUAGAAGCCGACGAACUGAGAAACUAAACUUAAGAAUUAUGAAAAUGGUAGCUAUUAUUGUAGCUGUUUUCUACAUAUGCUUCCUGCCCUAUUGGAUUGGUUGGAUUUUCUGCUCUUAUCACUUCAGUGAAAUCAURUGCAGUCAAAACUUUGUAUAUGUAGCGAUAUUUUUGUCAUAUUUAAACAGUGCUUUGAAUCCUAUUAUCUAUACCAUCUUUAACGAGAACUUUAGAUUAGCAUUCAGGAUGCUUGCUCAGAAGAUUUGCUGUGUUAGUGUAGCUGGUAGUACCUCYAGAAGUCAAGAUAAAGAAGUUUUUAUGAUAGGUCCUAAAUUAGAUUCCAACUUAGCGACCGAUAUKCAAGUAAGGUUUGUCAAACCAACAAGAUCCCUAGACUUUCUAGGAACAAAAAUAUAAUGACUCCAUUAAAUAUUACUACUAGAACACGAAAUAUAACAAUAAAAUAUACUAUA